AUGGCGCCGCCUAUCGUCCCAUGGCCGCAAAAGCGCAAGGCUUCGACCUCGGACGGUUCAACCUCGAACAAGCGCACACGAUCCCUCUCGAUCUCCAUCAAGGUCGCCCACGAGUCCGUACUUGGAGGCGUACUUGGCAGUCCAGAAGUUCCUGUUGUAGCCAAGAAUUCACAAGCGUGUCUCGGUGGCAUGCCAGAAGAGCUCCUCCUGCACGUCGCUGGAUAUCUAGACGUGAGCCCUGUUACACUUGCGAAGUUGUGCCUUACGAAUCAUCGCUGCAAACGCGUUGCAGAAGAGGUGCUCUACACGAACAUAGGCAGUCGGUCUCACGAUUGGGCGAAAGCGCAAUCAGUCGCUAGCAACACUACACUGGCUAGCCAUGUCCGCCACUUGUGUUCAGUGUUCGAUUGGGACGACAAAUUGCCGGUCACUUGGGACUUGAACGAUAAAUUGUUGGCCACUAGGGACACAUACGACAAGAUCAUUGCCAAUGCCCACAGGAUUCAGACAUUCGCAUUGGAAGAAAUGGCUCCGCACAACUCGCGCAACUGGGCCAACAGGUAUGAUUUCCUUGCGGGUGAAAUGAGUUGGUUGGACUUUUUCAACCUUGCUGUCGGACAGACGAUCGAUAGGCAGACCAACCGUUUCGCUAAUCUCAACAAACUCACGAUUGUCACCGAUGUUUUGUCGCUCGAGAAGAUCUCAUGCGUGUUCCGUCUUCCGUCUCUUAACUCGCUCUUUCUCCAGGAUGUUCACCAGACGACGCCGUUCAGGGACUGGCCGAUCCCCACCUCGAGCAGCCCCAUACGAGAGAUCGCUCUCAGGAAUGCGAUGAUGGACAUCUCCGCCGUGGCGCAGAUGAUCUCUUCAGUGAAGUCUCUUAGCAACUUCAUGUACGAACACAAUACCAUGGCUUGGGAGCCGUUCGUUAAUGACGACAAUCCAAUGUCAGUGUGGCCUGAGCACUCCUGGAAGCUCCUGGGCGACGCGUUGAGGAAACAUCGAGAUACCCUGGUGGAGCUAUAUGCUUUCAGCUACUCUGAUAAGGCGCUCUUAGACAUUCUUUAUCCUGACAGUCGAGAUCUUGGAACACUAGGAUCUUUUCAAGAUUUCUCGAAGCUCCAGUAUUGCGGUAUUCCGAUAGAAGCUGUCCUCGAUGCUGCGACUACCGAGAAUGACUUGUCGGUGUACUUUCCCGCACACUUGAAGCGGUGGUACACCCAUAUCACACCAGGAACGCCAAAGCUCUUGGAAAGGUGCGUUCCCGCGUUGGCAUCCUUGAAAGAUAUUGUCUGCUUGGGUCAGGAUAAGACCGUCCGCGUUGUCCUGUUGGACGGUCUACCAUUCCAGGCACUCGUGCUUUCUCGUGCUUUCGCAGAGCUGGAGGAAGCCGGUAUCAAGCUCGAGAUUCGUUAUGAUUACGACAUGAUCACCUUGGACGAGUUGAGACGCUUGGAGGCACUUUCUGAAGAGGUAGAGUCGGAUGAGGGGUCUGACGAAGAGUUGAUCGACCAACCGGAAGCCGAGAUCGAUGAGGUGGAAGGUUAUGAGUUACCGGACGCGACUGAACAGGAGAUUGCCGACGUCUUGGACGGAAACAUCCAAGCCUCUUUUACUACGCAAGAUGCAGUGAUAGGUGAUCCGGUCGAAGACGUUGUGGACUAUGUCAUACCUGCAGCUUCACACUGCCAUGAACAAUACUUAGACCAUGUCGCCAGAUCUGAUUAG